UGGACUUGGUUAAUGCAUCUAUCUUUUCACUCUCAUUGGAUUGCACAGACACAGUUUUCAUUGCUGUGUGUAAGGUUCACGUGGAGAGCAAUGGAGGAGAAGCAAUAAAAUCUCGUGGAGAUGCAAGCCAAGUUGAUCAUCUCUUAACUUAUGGAAUAGUCUAAUUUCUAUAGUGCAAUUAAGUUUGGUUUUUCUUGAACGGCAUAAGGAUAAUAAAAUGGUAAUGCAAAGCAAAAGGAACGGUUUCCUUUUGGAUGUAGUUGCUUUCAAACUAAAUCAUAAGCAAGCUUUUCCUUUCUUAUUGGUAAUUCAUAUUUAGCCAUUUGAAGCAACCAAAUGGGUGUGCAAUUCAUGCAUAAAAGGCACGCAUAAAGCUAGAUAUAAUUGGUAUCUUUUCUGUCUCUGUUGUUGGGUUUUGGCUCAUUGCACAUGAGAAGUGAGAAGUGAGAGUUAAGUGCCAUGGUUUCUAAGAAGGUUCUUUUUCAAGUUUUCUUGUUUUGCUUCUGUUCGGCUGUGGCAAAUUCGGUUGAGUUCAGUUACCCAGCAGUUUUCAACUUCGGUGAUUCAAACUCAGACACAGGUGAACUUGCUGCAGGGUUGGGCUUUCUACUUGCCCCACCUAAUGGACAGAACUACUUCAAUUCUCCGUCUGGAAGGUUCUGCAAUGGUCGUCUCAUAGUUGACUUCCUAAUGGAUGCAAUGAAAUUGCCAUUCUUAAAUGCCUACAUGGAUUCAGUGGGUUUGCCAAAUUUUCAGCAAGGAUGCAACUUUGCAGCAGCAGGUUCAACAAUCCUUCCAGCCACUGCAAAAUCCAUCAGCCCAUUUGGCUUUGGAGUUCAGGUAUCUCAGUUUCUGAGAUUCAGAGCUCGGGUUCUAGAAUUGCUUGAAGGCAAGAAAUUGGAUCAAUACAUCCCAUCUGAAGAUUGUUUUGAGAAGGGGUUAUACAUGUUUGACAUAGGCCAGAACGAUCUUGCUGGUGCAUUUUAUUCAAAAAAUUUGAACCAAAUACUUGCCUCAAUUCCCACAAUUCUAUUGGAAUUUGAAACUGGAAUAAAGAAACUCUAUGAUCACGGGGCUAGGAAUUUAUGGAUACAUAACACGGGUCCAUUGGGAUGCUUGCCUCAAGUUGUUGCCAAAUUUGGCACUAAUCCAUCAAAGCUUGAUGAACUAGGAUGUGUUAGUUCACACAACCAAGCGGCUAAAACCUUUAAUCUACAGCUUCAAGUUCUUUGUAAUAAAUUGAAGGGCCAGUAUACGGAUGCAAAUAUUACAUAUGUUGAUAUCUUUACUAUAAAAUCAGACCUCAUUGCAAAUUAUUCUAGACAUGGGUUUGAACAACCCAUUAUGGCUUGUUGUGGAUAUGGAGGUCCACCAUUGAACUAUGAUAGUCGAGUUUCUUGUGGUCUAACAAAGAUCUUGAACGGAACCACAAUAACAGCAAAAGGUUGCAAUGACAGUAGUGUGUAUGUAAACUGGGACGGGAUUCAUUACACUGAGGCUGCAAAUCAGUAUGUGGCAUCACAAAUUCUCUCUAGAAAUUACUACAACACUCCUUUGGCAGACAAAAUGCCCUUCCUUCUCUAGCUCAACUUUUAGAUCCCUAUCUGUAUAUUCUUAUAAUAAUUUCAUUCUUUCUGUGCUGGUGUAGUGAAUGGAAUAGUUGAUUGUAACAUUGAAUACCAGUCAAGGUCCUACAAACGAAUAUGCUUUGAUUGGAUCAACUGACUUUGUGACAUGGCCAAUGGAAAAGUUUCUAUCAAACUUAUUUGGACUUGUCAUAUAUAAAUACUUACUAAAAAUUAAAAGUUUUCAUAGCUUU